AUGUUGGCUUUAUGUGACGAAGAUUUGGGAAACGAGAAUUGCAAGACUGCGGGAUUCCCGGGGGUGGUCGACGGCGACGUCAGUUUAAUCCUUAGUCAGCAGCGCUUGGACCAGCCAGCAGCCAGAAGAAGCAACAACAAGCAGAAAGUCAAGCGAACCAACGACAAGGACGAGACUGGCGGGAAGCAGAAGACGAAGACGAAGAAGAAGAAGAAGCAGACGAGAAGACGAAACGACGAAGCGGACAUGUCGAUAGCACCGAUUAUCACCUUCAAGGGUGGCAUCUGCGAACUAGAUGUGCUAACAGGCAGACAGACCUCCGUUACCCCCAACGCCGUCAAGGCUCGGCCUACGCCCGGAUACAUCUACCUCUACUCAGAAGAUGACCUUGUCCAUUUCUGCUGGCGGCCGCGUUCGGCGCCCAUAGAUCAGCCGGAGCUCGACCUGGUCAUGGUGCCUUCCGACGGAACCUUCACGCCAUACAAACCCACCAGCGCCCAGAGACCGUCCAACCCCGAACGGCCCACGAACGGCAGAAUAUACGUUUUGAAGUUUGCUUCCAGCUCGCAGAGACACCUUUUUUGGCUGCAAUCUCGGAGUCAGCAUGAGCAGGGUAAUCCAGCGUGGUUCAGCGCGCGAGAUCUAAAGCUGGGCCAGAUCGUCAACACCCUGUUGCAGGGCGAAGAUAUCGAUGUGCAAGACGCCAUUGACAGCCUGCCCAGGGGAGACGGUGGUAAUGAUGGUGGUGAUGAUGACGAGACCAUGGAAGACGUAGAGGGAACAGACCAUAGCCCCGAGAGACGACGACAUGGUGGCAGCGGAGGUGCCGGGCCUGGUGCUACGGGCGGUGACAUACGAGAAGAAGGUCAAGAAUCAAGAGAGGGGGGAGCAGAUGGCGGACGAGCGUAG